AUGGGGGCGCUGGCGGCGCUGGCCAAGAAGUUGUGGAGCGCGCGGCGGCUGCUGGUGCUGCUGUUCACGCCGCUCGCGCUGCUGCCGGUGGUCUUCGCCCUCCCUCCCAAGGAAGGCCGCUGCCUGUUCACCAUCCUGCUCAUGGUGGUAUACUGGUGCACAGAGGCUCUGCCCCUCUCGGUGACAGCCCUGCUGCCCAUCAUCCUCUUCCCCUUCAUGGGCAUCCUGCCCUCCAGCAAGGUCUGCCCCCAGUACUUCCUCGACACCAACUUCCUCUUCCUCAGUGGUCUGAUCAUGGCUACUGCCGUCGAGGAGUGGAACCUGCACCGGAGAAUUGCCCUCAGGAUCCUGAUGCUCGUUGGGGUCCAGCCAGCCAGGCUCAUCCUGGGGAUGAUGGUGACCACGUCGUUCCUGUCCAUGUGGCUGAGCAAUACUGCCUCCACUGCCAUGAUGCUGCCCAUUGCCAAUGCCAUCCUGAAGAGUCUCUUUGACCAGAAGGAGGGUCGGAAGGACAUCACCAGGGAGAGUGAGGAGAAUGCAGCUGCUGUGCGGAGAAAUGGCCUACACACUGUGCCCACGGAGAUGAAAUUUCUUGCCAGCACAGAAGACAAAGACCACCCUGAGGAGGUGGAGGCUCCACUGGAUCUGCUGGCUGACUCCAAGAAGGAGGAGGAAUAUCGCAGGAACGUCUGGAAGGGCUUCCUCAUCUCCAUCCCCUACUCAGCCAGCAUCGGGGGCACCACCACCCUCACGGGCACAGCCCCCAACCUCAUCCUACUUGGCCAGCUCAAGAGUUUCUUUCCGCAGUGCGAUGUGGUGAAUUUCGGCUCCUGGUUCAUUUUUGCCUUCCCUCUUGUGCUGUUGUUCCUGUUGUUGGGCUGGAUCUGGAUCUCCUUCCUGUAUGGAGGGUUGAGCUUGAGGGACUGGAGGAAGAAGAAACCCCAGAUAAGAGCUGAUGCAGAAGAUAGGGCCCGAGCUGUGAUUCGGAAAGAAUUCCAGAACCUGGGGCCCACCAAGUUUGCUGAACAGGCUGUUUUCAUCCUUUUCUGCAUGUUCGCCUUGCUCCUCUUCUCCCGGGACCCGAAGUUCAUCCCUGGCUGGGCCAGCUUCUUCACUCCUGGGUUUCUUUCUGAUGCUGUCACCGGUGUGGCCAUUGUCACCAUCUUGUUCUUCUUCCCAUCUCAAAAGCCCUCUCUCAAGUGGUGGUUUGACUUCAAAGCUCCCAACACGGAGACAGAGCCCUUGCUGACCUGGAAGAAGGCCCAGGAGACAGUGCCCUGGAACAUCAUCCUUCUUCUGGGAGGGGGCUUCGCCAUGGCCAAAGGCUGUGAGGAGUCGGGGCUGUCUUUGUGGAUCGGCAGGCAGCUGCACCCCCUGGAGAACGUGCCCCCCAUGCUGGCUGUGCUGCUCAUCACUGUCGUCAUCAUCUUCUUCACAGAGUUUGCCAGCAACACGGCCACCAUUAUCAUCUUCCUGCCUGUCUUGGCGGAGCUGGCCAUCCGCCUGAGAGUGAACCCCCUGUACCUGAUGAUCCCUGGCACGAUUGGCUGCUCCUACGCCUUCAUGCUGCCCGUCUCCACACCCCCCAACUCAAUCGCCUUCGCCUCUGGACACUUGCUGGUCAAAGACAUGGUGCGGACAGGCCUCCUGAUGAACCUGAUGGGCGUCCUGCUGCUCAGCUUGGCCAUGAAUACCUGGGCACAGGCCAUCUUCCAGCUGGGCACCUUCCCAGACUGGGCCAAUGUCCACUCAGCCAAUGUCACAGCACUGCCACUCACGUUGGCCAAUGACACAUUUCAGACCCUUUGA